AUGGCGAAUCCAGAUGGGAUUGUUGUGGAGAAGAACAUGGUGUCCUCUCCAGACCAAAGCGGCAUUAUCUACAGGACCUACAAGAUCCCCGAGAUAGUGAAGUUCUUAUAUGGGAAGCCAGUUCAAGGCCAUGCUUAUGCACUCUUUGGAAUAAUAAUGGAUAAAGAGAAAAAGAGUAUUGCGGACUCGCUCCACAAAGUCCCGAUCCAGGAUGGCAAAGGCUGUGCAACGCUUACCGGAGCAGUGUUACGUAGAAGGUUCCCCAAGCCAGACCAGCUGCUUGGCCACUCGAUUUAUGUCACUGUGACAGUGCUGACAGACACUGGGAGCGACAUGGUAGAGGCUGAGAAAUCUGGGAUCCGCAUAGUCAGCUCUCCCUACGAAAUCUUUUUCACAAGAUCUUCUAGUUAUUUCAAGCCUGGGAUGCCAUAUAGCCUGAUGGUUUCUGUGGUGAACCCAGAUGGUACCCCAGCCCCCCAGGUCCCUGUGCGCAGUGGGCCAUCUACAGGCCCCAGAGGCCUGACACAGGAUGAUGGGACAAUACAGCUGGUUCUGAACACCCCGCUGGAGGCAUCUCAGCUCUGGGUGAAGGUCCAAACGGAGGUUGUGGGCCGCCCCAAGGCGCGUCAGAGCUUUGCAGUCUGGAGUAUGGAUGCCUACAGAACACAGGGAGACUCUGGAAACUACCUCCACAUCUCCGUGUCAGCCACUGUGCUCAAGCCAGAGGAUACCCUGACUGUGAACUUCAACCUGAGGAACAGCAAUGAUGGGGUUAAGGACCAGAUCCAGUAUUUCACCUACCUGGUCCUGAAUAAAGGAAAGAUCAUUCAGGCUGGAAGACAAGACAGGCAGGCUGGGCAAGAUGUUGUGGUCAUGUCCCUGCCCAUUACACCAGACCUCCUUCCUUCUUUCCGCCUCGUGGCUUACUACCAUGUGGGGCAGAAGGAGGUUGUGGCUGACUCAGUCUGGGUAGACAUCAAGGACACCUGCAUGGGAACGAUCUGGGACACUGUGGAGAAGAACGACAUCGGCUGCACCCCGGGAGGCGGCAGAGAUAACGUAGGGGUGUUUGCAGAUGCUGGGCUGGUGCUUCAAACCAAUGCAGGCAUUGAGACACGGCGGCGGGCAGCGAGGGCAUAUCAGCGCCAGCACCUGCGCAAGUGCUGUGAGGAUGGCAUGCAGGACAACCCCAUGGGCUACUCCUGUGACCGACGGGCCAAGUACAUUGUGGAGGGCAGCGACUGCAUCCAAGCCUUCCUGGACUGCUGCCACCACAUCUUCACUACCCCUUCUGGCCGGCUCCACGCUGAGCACCAUGUUAUGCACCACCUUAUGCUAUUUAUGUCCAAGGAGAUCCUGGUGUCCUCACACAGGCCAGUGGUGGAGGAGGAGGAGGAGGAGGGUUACCUGCUGGAUGAAGAUGUUGUCACCAGGAGCCACUUCUCAGAGAGUUGGCUCUGGCAAACUGAGCUGCUGCCACUGGAGGCAGAUCAUAAUGGGCUGGCUUCCAGCACGGUGCCCCUCUAUCUGGAGGACUCCAUCACCACCUGGGAAGUGCUGGCUGUCAGCCUCUCAGGCUCAAAGGGGCUCUGCGUGGCUGACCCCUAUGAGAUCCUGGUAAUGAAAGAUGUCUUCAUAGAUCUCCGACUGCCAUACUCUGUGGUGCGGAAUGAGCAGGUCGCCAUCCGGGCCGUGCUGUACAACUACACCCCCAUGCAUCUCCAGGUGGGGAGACCCUCUGGGGAGCAGGUGGAGACCGUGGGGCCUGUCGACAUGAAGAACGUGGUCCCCAACACAGAGCCGGUGACCCUGAUCAGUGUGAGGGGAGACCUGGUGGGGGACACCUUGGAGAACACCAUUGACGGGGCCAACCUGAAGCACCUGAUCCAGGUGCCCGCAGGCUGUGGGGAGCAGAACAUGAUUGGCAUGACCCCGGCCGUCAUCGCCACCCACUACCUGGACCACACCAGGCAGUGGGGGAGGGUCGGCGCAGACCGCAGGGCUGAGGCCAUCCAGGCCAUCGCUCAAGGCUAUGCCCAGCAGCUGGCUUACUGCAAAGCUGACCACUCCUACGCAGCCUUCCCCAGCCGCCCAUCCAGCACCUGGCUGACGGCCUACGUGGUGAAGGUCUUCGCCAUGGCUGUUGACCUCAUUGCCAUCAGUCCGGAGGUGCUGUGCGAGGCUGUGAAGUGGCUGAUUAUGAAGAAGCAGGAUCCCAGCAGGAUAUUCCAGGAAACUGCUCCUGUGAUCCAUGGGGCGAUGGCAGGAGGAUACCGUGGGUCGGAGACCAACACUUCUCUGACGGCUUUUGUUGUCAUCGCAAUGGUAGAGGCCAGGCAUGUCUGUGAGCAGUACGUGCAGAGCUUGGGAAGCAGCAUCAAGAAGGCGGGGGAUUACUUGGUCCAGCAGCUGUCCAGCCUGAAGAAGCCCUACUCCAUUGCCAUCACAGCCUAUGCACUGGCACUGCUGGGGCAGGCUGGAGCCAGGGACAAGCUCAUGGCACUUUCCACAGGAGGAACACACUGGCCAGACCCCCGGUCUAGACUCUACUCCAUCGAGUCCACCUCCUAUGCCCUGCUAGCCCUGCUGAAGGAGAAGCAGCUAGAGCAGGCGGGGCCCAUCGUCCAGUGGCUGGCUGGGCAGCGGUACUACGGAGGGGGCUAUGGCUCCACCCAGGUAUUUAACAUGACCGUAGGUCCUGGGACUGGUCCACCUGGGGCAGAGCCCCUGGCUGUCUGUGUCCUGGGGGCCACGAUCCUGGUGUUCCAGGCCCUGGCUCAGUACCAGGUAGAUAUAUCCAUGACUAAGGACAUGGAUCUGGAUGUCUCCAUCAACAUGCGGGGCCGGAGCAAGCCGAUCCUGUGGAGGAUCAACACGGACAACGCCCUGGUGUCUCGCACAGAGCAGACCAGGCUCACCAAUGGCUUCACUGUUGUGGCCAAGGGGCACGGCAAGGGGACCCUGUCGGUGAUGACUGUCUAUUACGCUCCCCUAGCAGAGGAGACAACCACCUGCAAGCACUUCAACUUCAGCGUUGUGGUGCAAAGUGCUCCUGAUGCCAAGAAGCCCAAUGGAGCCCUGGGCUUGGUGUCCAUUGAGAUCUGCAUGAGGUGCCUCUUUCUUGUGUCAGGGCGGAUGUCCUCUGCCAUUAUCCAAACUCGAUCCACCACAGCAGGGAAGCCACUCCCGUCUCUGUGCUUCCUAUCUUCCAGGUUCCUGGGGGAGGCGGAUUCUGCCAUGACCCUCCUGGACAUCUCCAUGCUGACUGGCUUCUCUCCAGACAUGGAUGACUUGAAUAAGCUGACGCAGCGUGUCGACAAAUACAUCUCCAGGUUUGAAUGGGACACACACCUGUCGGACAGAGGCUCUCUCAUCCUGUACCUGGACAAGGUGUCCAGCAAGGAGACCGAGUGCCUGACAUUUAAGGCUUACCAGUACUUUGAAGUGGGUUUGAUCCAACCGGCAGCUGUGACGGUAAAAUCGCUGCACCAAGUUUUACCACCCAACCAAAGCCCACGGCCUGCUGAAAACCCUGUGCCGGGGCACGUCUGCCGCUGCAUGGAAGAGAAGUGCAGCCUGAUAAAGACAUUUAAAGAGCCCCCCACCAAUAUUUCUGUCCGGGUCGAAGCUGCUUGCGAGCCUGGCGUAGAUUAUGUGUACCGAGCUCAGGUGGUGCAGGCUGAGCAGAGUGGGAUGUAUCGCUACUUCACCAUGAGGAUUGUGCAGGUCAUCAAGGAAGGGACUGAGCAGGGAAUCCAGGGCAAGAUGCGGAGAUUUAUCAGCCCCUUGGCUUGUGAAGAGACCUUGAACCUUCAGGAGAACAAGGACUACUUGAUCUGGGGCCUCAGCAGUGACCUGUGGGACCUGAAAACAGAGAUGACCUAUUUGCUCAGGAGCAGCUCCUGGAUAGAGCUGUGGCCAAGCCCUCUGGAGUGCCAGCAGGGGCAGCUCCAUCUCUUGUGCCAGGGGCUGCAGGACUUCGCCCAACACCUGCUCACAAAUGGCUGCCCCACGUAGACUGGGAAGAAGGACCCCGGAGUGUCACCCACGGGGCCAAUGCUGCAGAGAGCUCUCAUUCACUUCCUGGGUACUGUACAGGCUCCACUUCACCCCCUCCUGCUCCAACAGCACUGUUGUCCUGUGGGAGAAUCUCCCUCAGUGACUCACAAUAUGGGGCUUAUAACAAACACAAUGAAGUGGUUCAGAUUCAGUCCAGGAAGGGGUAGCCAGCAGACACACACAGCCCAUUAUACUGCUGUGUGAUGUCCAGACACUGAUCCAACCCCAUGAAUGUCCUGGCAUCACAUUACUAUGGGUAAGAGACUCAAACACAUUACUAUGUUUGAAACUCCUACUACGGGUAGGAGUUUCAAACACAAUAUAUCACCCCAAUCUGCAGGAGCUCUGCCUGCCUCCAGCAGACACCCGAGGAGCUUUGUCAUCCCCUGCUCUUUGGCUGGCCACAUCUGCUCUCACCCCAAUAAAAGCCACCUUAAGAGGAGUGGCCCUUGACGUUAAAA